AUGACUCCGCUCAUCAAACUCGGCAGCCUUCUGGCCGCAUUGCUCUGGAUCACCUUUGGCAUCGCGACAGUCAACGCCAGCAUUCCCUCAUCCAAACGCUUCGAUCUAUCCGCCCCCUCCUACGACCUCUACCGUCACAAAACCCUGCGCGAUGACACAGUCCAGCAAGGAUUUGCCUUUGACAACGUCAACCGCCGCCUUUUCGUCGCCCAGCGCCGCGACGGCUCCUCCGAAACAGCAGGCGACCUGACAAUCACCCAGCUCGACUUUGACGGCAACUACGUCGGACACAUGUACCUAAAGGACUUCGGUCAUGGUGUCUCCUUCGGCGCGCAGGCCGUUGGGUCCGCAACCUACCUCUGGACAGAGGUCGAAGCCAACGCCAACGGCUACGGCAAGCGACUCGCCCGCUUCGAGUUCGCCUCGGGCACAACGCUGACCAGCUCCUCCGCUGACCUGGCAAAAUUCAAGCCCGUCGCAGACGCAACGGAGCAUACCUGCGCCAUUGACCCGGUGUACAACCGGCUGAUCGUCCGGUAUCACCUCAGCGGGGCGAAGCAUAUCGCCGUGUAUGACCUCGCUGCGGCGACAAGGGGCGAUUUCUCCGCCCCGCUGGCGAACUUUAAGCAGCCGGAGUUGAAGGCGCUGUCGUCCGUCUUUCAAGGUUAUGCGGCGUAUGGUCUGUAUCUGUAUCUGUUGACUGGGACUUCGUAUGCGGCCAGCGGGGGUAAUGUCAAUUCCGAGGUAACCAGUGUUGAUAUGAACACGGGAAAGGUCGUGCAGGGGCCGACGCUCACCAAGGCCGGUUCCACGCUGGAGUAUAGAGAGCCGGAGGGAUUGGCGAUAUACAAGACGGCGGCUGGGGAGGUGAGGUUGUUCUUGGGGUUUGCUUCGGGGGUUGCGGGUGAUCGCAGGUCGAAUCUGUUCUACAAGAAUGUGUUGGUUUAG